UGGAUUAUCAACUACACGGCAUGACAUAUUCCAUAUCGCCAGCCCUGCCCCUAAUCCCAAAGCCUAUAUAAAGGGCGUGAAGAUGACUCUGACGGUGACACCUUUCUCACCGCCGCCGAUUGUACCAUCGAUGGCGCAAUCGCUCUGCUAACAAUAUAACACCGUCUCUUUGUGCCUGACUGCCCCAUUGCGCCGUGCCUGAAAUUCUCCAAGGAAUACGAACGCAGCUCCCUCUUUCCGUCAACAAACCUCUACGCCUCUGCACCAUAGAACACACCGUUGAAGGGUCUCUCUGCCCUCUUCUCACCUCUCCAAAUCUACAGAUUCGAUCUUAGACAGGAUGACGCACCCAGAGCACCCCAUCGACACGCCCCCGCGACCAGCGUCUCCAGUUCACGGAUUUGGCACGUUGGCUGUACAUGCUGGGUCGCCUCAUGAUCCGGUGACGGGAGCAGUGAUUGAAGCUAUUUCGCUCUCCACCACUUUCGCGCAAACCGCCGUCGGAAAACCAGUGGGACAAUACGAGUACAGCAGAAGCUCAAAUCCGAACCGUGACAACUUCGAAAAAGCCGUCGCCGCCCUUGAGCACGCCCGCUAUGCCCUCGCAUUCUCCUCUGGCUCCGCAGCCACAGCCAACAUCCUCCAGUCCCUCGCCGGCGGCUCCCAUGUCGUUUCCGUGUCCGACGUCUACGGCGGCACGCACCGCUACUUCACCAAAGUCGCCCUCGCGCACGGCGUACAAGUCACCUUCUCCCCCUCCCUCGAACUCGACAUCGCAGAGCUCAUCCGCCCUACUACAAAACUCAUCUGGAUCGAAACCCCCUCCAACCCGACCCUCUCCCUCGUCGACAUCCGCGCCGUCGCCAGCGUCGCGCACCAGCAUGGCAUACUAGUGGUGGUGGAUAACACAUUCCUCUCCCCAUACGUACAGAACCCGCUCGACCACGGCGCGGACAUUGUCGUGCACUCGGUCACAAAGUACAUAAACGGCCACUCUGACGUCGUCAUGGGCGUGGCAGCGUUCAACGCGCCAGAGCUGUUCGAGAAGCUUUCGUUCUUGCAGAACGCGAUUGGUGCGGUGCCGUCUGCGUUCGAUGCGUGGCUCGCGCAUCGGGGCCUCAAGACGCUGCAUCUCCGCGCGCGUGAAGCGACUACGAACGCGACGGCUGUUGCGCUGGCGCUGGAGGCAUCGCCGCACGUUCUGGCGGUCAAUUACCCGGGUCUUGCGUCUCACAAGCACCGCGCUAUUGCGCUGAAGCAGCAUCGACAUGGUAUGGGUGGUGGUAUGCUCUCCUUCCGGAUCCGUGGUGGUCAUGAAGCUGCGGAACGGUUCUGCCAGCACACAAAGAUCUUCACACUGGCUGAGAGCUUAGGCGGCGUGGAAAGUCUUGUCGAGGUCCCGAGUGCGAUGACACAUGGAGGCAUCCCGCGUGAGCAGCGGGAGGCAGCAGGCGUGUUCGACGAUCUAGUCCGAGUCAGUUGCGGAAUUGAGGACAAGGACGAUCUGAGGGCGGAUGUGUUGCAGGCGCUUGAGAAGGCUGUGGUUGGCGGCAUCGUCAAGAACGGGGUCAACGGCAACGGAACUGCAUAGAACAGAAGUGUGAUUCGGCAUUGGAGGGUUAGUUGCGCAUUUUUCGAGUAUAUCUGCGACGGCAUGUCUUACGGAUGGAUAGGGGCUACUAAGACUUAUACAUAUAUGAGUAGCACACGGCGUUUCACAGGCGGCAGACUCGGCUUUUUAGACGGUUCGGCAUGGGAGGAUAGUAUCCUAAAAUCUUUUGCUAGGUAGAGUUUAUGAAUGAUGCCAUUUGAUG